AUGAAAAAAUUUGAAUGGUGUCCGCUAUGCCAUCAUACUAGCGAAAGGAAUUGCCGAUACAUUUUUGAGGAUCUGCUAGGCAAAAAAUUCCCAUCAUGCAGGCCAAAUUUUUUGGAUGGAAUGCAACUCGAUGGAUAUAAUGAGGAAUUGCGUCUUGCAUUUGAAUACCAUGGUCCUCAACACUAUCAUCACAAUAGUCUAUAUCAUCGAGAGAAUGAAACUUUAGAAAUACAAAAGAUACGUGAUCAGAAGAAGCGGGACAUCUGCAAGGACCAAGGUAUAUGCCUUAUUGAAGUACCUCAUACAGCUGAUCUCCUGUCCUAUAUCAGACAUACUCUAAUUGAGAAAGGGUUCUUGAAAGAGGCGAAGUCUAACCCUUGGAAGUCCACGUAUUUUUGA